CUCUCUCUCUCUCUCUCUCGUUUAGGCUGCUUCGUUAGGGUUUGCUGCUCCGAUGGACUCCGCAGCAGCGGAGGAGACCAAGAAAGCCGGCGACGGGUCUCCGACCGGAGAGGCGGAGCUGGAGGAGGAGGCGGGGGGUAACCUGCCGGCGGUGCGGGCUGAGGCCGGAGAAGAGGAGAGCAAGGAAGAGGAGGAGCAGACGGAAGGGGGCGGUGAUGGGCCGACCGAGAAAGUAGUGGUGGAGAAGCGGAAACGUGGGAGGAGACCCAGGGCUGAGAAGAGCGGAGACGGGGAGGAGGGGACCCCCAAGAAGGAGAGGAAGAGGCGGUCAGUGGCGAGGGAAGAGGCCACCCCUGUGGAGAGGCCGUCGAGGGAGCGGAAGACCGUCGAGAGGUUCUCGGAGAUGGCUCUUCCGAAGGCUCCGGUGCCUAAGACUCCGUCUUUCAAGCAGGGUUCUGGAGAUAAGCUGAAAGACAUACCGAAUGUUUCUUUCAAGUUGUCAAAGCGAAAAGUUGAUGAGAACCUCCAAGCUCUUCAUACAGUCCUUUUUGGAAGGAAAUCAAAUGCACGUUUCCUUAGGAGAAAUAUUCUUCAGUUCUCUGGAUUUGUUUGGAGCGAGAAUGAGGAAAAACAGAGGGCAAGAAUUAAAGAAAAGCUUGAUAAGUAUAAUAAGGAAAGGUUGCUUGAUUUCUGCGAUCUACUUGAUAUUCAUGUUGUCAAGCCCUCUACCAAAAAGGAAGAAGUCAUACUAAAUUUAGUAGAAUUUUUGGAGUCUCCUUGUGUUACAAGAGAUGUAGUACUCACAGAAAAGAAAGGGAAGAGAGGGAGGAGGACGAAGGGAAGCACUGAUGCAACAUCUGGAGAAGGAUCUUCAGAUAGAGGCAGUAAGAAACAAAGAAAGGGUCACAAGCAGUCAGCUGAAGACGAGAAUGAAGAUAAUGAUGAGGGUGCCUCUGUCGACACAAAGGAAGCACUAAAUGAUGAUGAUGAUGAUGAUGAAGAUGAUGGGAAUUCACAGGAAGAGAAUGGCCAUGAUAACAGUGAGGAAGAAGCUGAGGACGGAGAGCAAGAGGAGUCUGCUGCAACUAAUAAAAGAUCUGCUGCUAAGCACACGAAGAAGACUUCUGAGCCAUCCAAGGCAAAAAACAAGGAGAUCAACGAGCAGAGCUCCAAUGCCUCAACAAAAGAUAAAACCACUGUAAGAAAGGAUUCUGCGAAGGUUUCUAAAACCGCAUCAACUUCUUCUCCAAGAAAAAGCGUUCCUGUGGAUGACAGUGACUCUGGGCAUCCUUCGAUCUCCAAAAGCAAACAGAAGGGCAGAAGGAAAGGCCGAGCAAGCGAAAAACUUCCAGACAACAAGGAAAACACUAGCAGGAAAAAAUCUUAUAAGUCAGAUUCAAACGAAAAACAAGGAAAAGUCAAGGCAAGUAAGGCAGCUAAGAGUGGACCCAGCAAGGAGGAGUUGCAUGCUGUUGUCAGUGAUAUAUUGAAAGAAGUGGAUUUCAAUACUGCAACUUUGGCUGAUAUUUUGAGACAGCUAGGAGCUCACUUCAAGAUGGAUCUGAUGGACAGAAAAGCAGAGGUGAAGCGCAUAAUCGAAGAUGUCAUUAACAGUAUGUCUGAUGACGACGAUGAAGAUGGUGAGGAGGACGAAGGCGGUGCGGAGGAUGCCAAGGAGGAGGAGGACACAAAGGAAGAUUCUGACGGAGACGGUGAUAAGUAGCAUUGGUCAGAUGGGUGGACAAAUUUGCACAUUACUUGUGCUUGUUUGGCUUAGCACUGACAUGGGUAGAGAUCUAACCAUUUCAUAGAAAUGCCUUCUCAUCUGCUGUCUGUGGUAGAUGUGUGAUGUUGUUCUACUAUCAUUGUACGAUAGCCUUUGUUUCUUUUGUGGAAUAUUUCCUUUAGCUUUUUGGAGACUCCUCUGACUACAAUGUGUAAUAAUCAGCUUUGUUGUUUAACCUGUCACUAAUUACUGUCAGUGUUAGAAUGUGUUGAAACU